AUGACCAUAAGGCUGGACGGCAUCCUACCUUUAAUUUUCCACCUCCACAUUGAUGCUUGGAUUGAGAUUGGGACCGGUACUAUGGCGCAUAUUGGGAGAGGGAUGGAGGAGACAGUGCGAUCGUUGCUGCAAUACAAGAGCCGCGUGGAAACUCUGAAGCAGGAGAAGGCGUCGUUAUCAUCAGCUCUUGAGGCGUCAGCAGCACACUACCAAAGCCAAUUAUCAACAGUAACUUCAGAAAACGAGCGGCUCCAGAGCCAACUGGCAGCGUGCACCGCGGGUCUGGGUGCGGGCGACCACGAACGGAGGCUUGACGAUGUCGCGCAGCAGGUCGUGCGGGCUUUGCUCUCGCAGAAGAGUGUCCGCGAGGAGUUGGGCUGCGCACGCGCUCGUAUCCGCGAGUUGGAGGCACAGAACCGCGCGCUGAGCGCAUUGCUAGUACGACAGUUGCGGCCACAGCCACGCCCUUCCCCCGCUACCCCGCAUACACCGAUCACCCCUCUUACGCCCAGAGAUCUGCAAGUACACUUGGUAGACGUCGGUUCCUGUGGUUCGUUGGUCUCAUUCAGAGACUCGCCGCCCCCCGCGCCGCCUGUGCCGCAUCCUCAUCCUCUCAACCAGGACGAUAAGCGGCGGCACCAAAUCUUGGCCGACAUUUGGACUGAACUAAAGGGGCUGGAGGUGACCCCCGCGAAUCUGGCCCGUGCUUUGUCGGCAGUGGACCCAACAUUGUGGGCGCCACCUGCUCGUCCCGCCACACUUAGCCUCAGCAUGCCGCAACCUUGCACUGAUCCCGUUCGAGGGCAAUGUGGCGAAAAAGUAACAGAAGAAGAAAGCGGGGAGGUUGGCGAGGCAGGUGCAGAAUCUCCAGAAAGUGGUGCCAAAGACGAAGGUUACUCUACAAUGUCCAGCGAUGUUCAGGCAGAUGCUUCGCGACAAAGUGAUCAUGCGGCCGAUAGAGCUCUUCCGGACUUAAACGAAGCUUCAGAUGAGACUGAUAACCAAACUAUAGUGUCAAUCAACCCCAGAGAAUCUCGCAGGCGCGCUAGGCUUUUGGCAACAGACGCAGACUAUAUCUACUUUCCUAUAGGAGUAGCAUUCGCCGGUGUCCGAGGUAGCUACCCUCCCUCAAGACCAGUAUUACCUUUUCAACAUGUAGUCCGCAGUUUUUCAGAUUCGCAUCUUUGCCUCAAAUUAAUCGCCGGAACCACUUGCCCAACAAGUUGCCUAGACAGUCCUACGCCUAGCUCUGGUGUAUUAGUCUUAGAUCUGAAACCAGCACCUGAACGACCACUUAGACGGCCAGCGAUAGCUUCUACGACAAGUUCUGAAAGGGUUUCGUGGGGAAGCACUUUAGAUGAUCGCGGGGAUGGUUCGCAAUAUGACGCUGAUUAUGUCCAACAUUGGCUUGAACUAGAUGACGCAAGGUCAGCUCUGCAACAAAGACAUCGAGAUUUAGCCGAUUUAGAAUAUGAUAGAGCAGAAUUAGAAGAUUGGAGCUUAUCAUUAUCAUGUGAAGAUCUAAGAGACAGGCAUUCCCCUUAUGCUGAAAUAACUACGCCUGGUCAAAUUUCGCUUUCAACAUUACCAAGCAUUAGGGAAGAUGACGCAUUAGAAUUAGAGGAAGAUGUCGGUGAUUGUUUAUGGAAUGAUUGCGGAUUUGCUACUAUUGAAAUCGAUGAAUGUAGAAUAGCAGACGAUGCAGAUACUUCAGAAAAAAGAUGGGAUUGCACAGGAACACAUUCUCCUGGUGGGUCUUGGUCGAGCGCAUCUGAUGUACCUGACAAAAGAUCUAGUACGGCAUUAAGUGAAGAUGGAGACUGUGCCAACGUCGGUCUAGAUUUUACUAGGGAUUUUUACCGUCUGGUAAAGUAUGAAAGUACGAAGAGCUUAGCUUCAAAUUCGUCCAGGGGCAUUCCAUCACAGGAUACUAGUAGUCAUUUGCGAAAACAUGACGUCCAGGCUAUGGCUUUGCCAGACAGAGAACACGCAUUGCAAAAUGUGCUUCAUUUUAUUGCGGAGCAACAGAAAUAUUGUAGAGACAGAGAAGAGUCCGAUUCAAUGUCAUCACGACCUUUAUCCGAGAUCCGUGAACUACCUCCACCAUAUGCGACUGCAGACUUUGAUGAUGAGUCGGUUGGUCCCCGCAGCGAGGUAUCCGAAGACAGACAGCGACCUGAUUCGUUUGGUAGCUUUUCAGAAAACGAUUCCUGUGACGUCCUACCUGGCGAACGUCCCAAAAUUUCCGUCUGUGAUACUGUAUCCGAGCCAAGAUCUACACCAAGAUUUAUUGAACGUGAAGAACCCUACGUUGAGUCUGAAGGUUUUUUCGAUGAACUUUCAGGGAUUGAAAACACUGAAAAUGAGAUCAAUGAACAUCAUCUUGUAAAAGUUCAGCAGAAGAAUGAAAUAAAUAAAACUAUAGUGGUCAACGGUGCUCCAGAAAUCGGUGAUCAACUUUCUCAAGUGAAGGAUGAUAGGAACGACAGGCUUAGUGAUAUUGAAUCUAGUCGAUUAUUAGAUCAUAAUUCCGCAUUGAAAGAAAAUACGGUAAAUAUUCUGCUUAACAAACAAUCGCCCAUAGAAAAAGAAGUAGAAUCGAGUAUAACUAAAUCGUCUAGUUUGCCGUAUGCAGCAAAUGAGCCGGAAAUGUCCCUUGUAGAAGAAGUAUUAAGCGCUUGCCGAAGAAGUACAGGAGCUCUUCUCACCGUCCCUGAAGAAGAGGAAGGCUCCUCUCCGGAAACAAGUUCUCCUCAAAUGACUGAGUCUAAUACGACAAGUACGUCUACCGCUGAAACUGUGAUAGUAAGUAAUAAGAACGAUACACCGAAGGACAGGUUGAGAGAGAGGAGCCGUAUUCCUAUGCUGAUGGGAGGGAAACGGCCGCCGUCUUCACCGAAUAAAAAUAAAUCGAAGAUCCCGGUGGUCGAGAGACGACCGAUGCCAAUGCCGACCCCCUCAAUCCCCGAGACAAUCAUUGUGAAACAGGAACACACUUUGAGCUUCCAUGAGGCUGCUACUUCUAAAGAUGUCAUUGAAGAACUUAAUAGAAUGAUCCGACAAAGUGAAAGUGCGGUGUGCGGUGGCUCCAGUGCGAGCGGCGACGCGCGCGGCGACGAGCAGCGCGACAGCGCGCUCUGGGCGCACACCGGCUGGGUACAUGUCGAGAAGGAUAUUGACUUCAGUGAUCCUAAGGCUCGUGCCAACCUCCUGGACGUGAUGCUGGCGUCCAGCGACUCCUCACCCUCGUCUUGUGGCUCCUCCCCCGCAGAACCGCCGCCGCCUUACUCUAGACUACAUCGUCUGCACAGGUCCCGGAGACAGAAGACAGCGGCGGCGCUGCGCGUGCGCGGGCUGGGCGCGCUGCGCUGCGGGCGCGCGCGGCGGCCGUCCAUCCUCGGCCGCGACGGCUUCUUCGUGCGCUACGGCGAGCACGAGCGCGCUGCCGUCGCCACCUUCGACUUCCUCGAUGACCUCUCCGGCGGAUCCUCGCCGGAGGCCCCCAAAGACUGUACCUAA